AUGUCCGCCAAAUCCAUCUUCGAGGCCGACGGAAAGGCCAUCCUCAACUACCACCUCACUCGUGCUCCCGUCAUCAAGCCGACGCCGCUGCCUCGCGCUGCUACUCACAACCCUCCCCCCAAGCUCGCCUCCCUCUACUUCCCCGAGGAUGCCGAUAUCAAUGGCGUCCUCGACCAGGCGGAGGCCACAUACCCCUGGCUGCUCGCCAAAGAUGCCAAAUUCGUCGCCAAGCCCGAUCAAUUGAUCAAGCGUCGAGGCAAGAGCGGUCUCCUCGCCCUCAACAAGACCUGGCCUGAGGCUCGUGCUUGGAUUGAAGCCCGCGCCGGCAAGGAGAUUCAGGUCGAGACCGUCAAGGGCUACCUCCGCCAAUUCUUGGUCGAGCCAUUUGUUCCUCACCCUCAAGAAACCGAAUACUACAUCAACAUUAACUCUGUCCGAGAGGGUGACUGGAUUCUGUUUACUCACGAAGGUGGUGUCGACGUCGGCGAUGUUGAUGCCAAGGCUGAGAAGAUCUUGAUCCCCGUGAACCUCAAGAACUACCCUUCCAACGAAGAGAUCGCCGCCACUUUACUGAAGAAGGUGCCUUCUGGCCUCCACAAUGUUUUGGUGGACUUCAUCUCCCGUCUGUACGCCGUCUACGUCGACUGCCAAUUCACUUACCUCGAGAUCAACCCGCUCGUCGUUAUCCCCAACGCCAAUGCCACCUCCGCUGAGGUUCACUUCCUCGACUUGGCCGCGAAGCUCGACCAGACCGCCGAAUUCGAGUGCGGUACCAAGUGGGCCAUUGCUCGCAGCCCCUCUGCUUUGGGUCUGCCUGCUCCCAAGGGUGACGGCAGGGUCAACAUCGAUGCUGGCCCCCCAAUGGAAUUCCCCGCUCCCUUCGGCCGUGAGCUCAGCAAGGAGGAGAAGUUCAUUGCUGACAUGGACGCCAAGACUGGUGCUUCUCUGAAAUUGACCGUGCUUAACGCGAACGGCCGCGUGUGGACCUUGGUCGCUGGUGGCGGUGCAUCUGUCGUCUACGCCGACGCUAUCGCAUCGGCUGGUUUCGUUAGCGAGUUGGCCAAUUACGGAGAAUACUCCGGCGCUCCCACCGAGACCCAGACUUACAACUACGCCCGCACAGUCUUGGAUUUGAUGCUCCGAGCCCCUCAACACCCCGAAGGAAAGGUUCUCUUCAUCGGUGGUGGUAUUGCCAACUUCACCAACGUCGCUUCUACAUUCAAGGGCGUCAUCCGCGCACUCCGCGAGGUGGCCUCUACUCUUAAUGAGCACAAGGUUCAGAUCUGGGUUCGUCGUGCUGGUCCUAACUACCAAGAGGGUCUUAAGAAUAUCAAGGCUGUUGGCGAGGAAUUGGGACUCGACAUGCAUGUUUACGGACCCGACAUGCACGUCAGCGGUAUUGUGCCUUUGGCUCUGAGCGGUAAGAAGACCGAUAUCAAGGAAUUCGGUUCUGCUUAGACUGUGAAAUGAUUUUUCUUUCUUUUUUCUUUUUGCGUUUUCUAUCAUGUACUUGGGUGUUUGUAAUAAUUUAUUCACGGGCAUGGCAUGGUUCAUGAUUGGAUUUGAUUGAUAGCUUUUUUAGAACAAUGACGAUGAC